CGGAUGCUUGUGAAGCCUUUGCUUUCUUGACUUCCAAGAAAGAUGUCCUGGGCGGUCGGAACAAAAUGCAGCCUAUAUCAAGCAAGAGAGGGAGAGAGACCGAGUAGAACAAACGAGCGAGCACCUAUAAACUUUAAAAAUGGAUCGGGACGGCGGCAUAAGGAGGAGGAUCACACGGGGAAUGAUUCCGGUUCUUGCUUUACACGUUGGCACUGAAUUCUACCGGCUUCGGCGGAAGCCGCCGGUGACGGCGGGGCUCAUCCUCGCCAAUACCCUGAUUUAUCUCCGACCCGGAGCCCUUGACCGGCUUCUCCCCACCAUCGACGAGGUCUGGUUUAAUCCCCAUCUAAUUGUCAAGUACAGGGACCUAAGGCGCUUUUUCUUGUCAGCUUUCUACCACAUGGGUGAAUCCCAUCUAGUUUACAACAUGAUGUCCCUCUUGUGGAAGGGGAUUCAGCUGGAAACGUCAAUGGGCAGUGUGGAAUUCGCUUCAAUGGUAGCAGCAUUACUUGGUCUCUCCCAAGGAAUCACUCUACUUCUUGCUAAAAGCUUGCUACUCUUCUUCGAUUAUGAAACUGCAUAUUAUAACCAGUAUGCUGUGGGCUUUUCUGGCGUUCUAUUCGCCAUGAAGGUUGUGCUGAAUUCAGAAUCAGAUGACUUGACCUCUCUGAACGGUCUCCUGGUUCCUGCACGUCACGCCGCUUGGGUAGAAUUGAUUCUCAUCCAGUUAUUUGUUCCUGGAGUGUCCUUCCUUGGUCAUCUUGGUGGUAUUCUUGCUGGGCUUCUCUAUCUCAAGCUGCGACGAUCUUACAGCGGUCCAGAUCCCCUUGCUGCUUUAAUCAGGAAGGUCGCUGGUGCUAUAACCUGGCCUGUGAAGUUUUUGAAAAGCUUGAUUGGGUGGCAAACUCGGCGAAUAACAGGACGAGGUACUGUUGGAAGCAGGCGGCCAGUUCAAAGGGUAUAUGAUGUGUGGAGAUGCACUGCCUGCACAUAUGAUAAUUCUGCUUUGGCCGAUGUAUGCGAGAUGUGCAGCACUGAGAGGUCGGGUCAUGGGUUCGCUUCACCGGCGCCAUCCAAUAAUAAUGGCGCGCUCAGCUUGGAAGAGGUAAGGCGGCGGCGGCUUGAAAGAUUCAGUAGAUGACAUUACAAAAUUUCUAAUAUUGCAAGACGAUGUCCUCUGGUUCUGCAGUUUUACUUUGUUUUGUUUGAAUAGUAACAAAGCCACACAGAAAUUUGGGCCUUUUAGGUAUGGCAAUUCUGUCCCAGGCUGUAGUCAUAGUUUACUGAGGUUCAGCUUAUGGGUAAUGUUUUGUUUUACUUCGAAGUAAAUAAUCUACUUUCCCCUGCCAUAUGAACUGUUGGCGGAUUAUUGCCUUACUGUCUUAAAUAUUUGAAGUAGUUCCUACUCGUUAAAUUUGUUAAUUCACUAUGCAGCAAAAUGGCUUCAUUGUUGAUCAAAAUUGCACCACAUCGCUGUUUGUGUUGAAAAUUUGAAUUUGUAUCUCCUUAUAUCAAA